AUGACACGUUCUCUCUCGGCUUGCAUAGACAAUAAAAACGAAAACCGAGAAUUCCGUGUCAGACAAGAAUAACACUAAUUCUAAAAAAAUAGUUGCAAGAUAAGGUUUUGCUGUCUAUUGGUGCGGCAAUUUGUUACCAUAAGCAUCUACAUUGUCAUCAUAAUAUAGUAUACUAAUUGUAUAAUUGUAAUAUAACUGUAUUUGUUUUAGACCAUGUUAUCCUCAUUCCAAUCUUUUAAUAGAAAUUGUUCAGUCCAUGUUUUGUUUACAAGUCUCAUUCUAUUGGUAUUUCUCCAACUGUAUCUACAAGUAAUCACACAAUCAAUGCUACAUUUCGAUGAAGUAGUAUUUUUGUUAAUAACUCCAAGGCUGCUGGUGAUACUUUUAAAGGUGCUGUUGGCCUUGGUUAGGUACUGAAUGGGGGCGGUAACUUUCAAAUGUGAACAUUCCGCCCUUUCAAGCUAAGCCCCACCUAACACAAAAUUGUUUGUUACUAACGUUAGCUAUAAUUGAGUGUGUAGCUUAUAACUACAAAAUGACUCUAAAUUGUCAGUCAAAAAGAAUGAAAAUGCUGUCAGGCAAGUUCAUUAUUAUUAUUAUUAUUAUUAGCAUAAUUUAGUGAAGCUCAGAGUUAACUAAAACGAUACUAAAGCAGUCAUAUAGCGGAAGUCAUAUGACGGAAAUCUAUCUUCCUAUUCGUCCAAUACGAAAAUCAUCCCGUGAGGGAACACGAAGUAAUAUUUUUAGUUCCGGUGUGAGGGGAAAAACAUCCUUCCCAGCCAAUAUCUACACAGACCAGCGUUCGACUCCUCUUGUUGAUGUAUAAGCUUGGAACGAACAAGCACUCGAAUGCGUCCAUGUUCUAGCAUGGCGUGGAUCUUCCCAUUCUAAGCUUCACCUGUUUUUUUCGUGUGUCGGCGUGGUGAUAACGGCGGAGAACAUGGAGGAGUCGCCCCUUCGGAUAACUCCCACCGUCCGGGCGCUGAGCUCCGCACUGCGGGCCACGCGUGGAAAUGUCCACGAGUGUGUCCGGAGAGGAGACGGAGGCGACAGGGUGUUCCCUGAGCCGGAGAAGCUGUGGUUUAAGGAGAGCAGCGGAAAGAAUCUCCGAAGCAGAGACUUCUUGUCGCCGAGCACUAUGCUCAACACUCUCUAUGCGGAUGGACAGAUCCCUCCAGCAGUGAUGUCCAGGGUUCUAUCUGUCCGUGGUCGUGGUGUCCUCCCAGUGGCGGGUGGAGAAGUGAUGGAUGAAGGUCUGAGGGUGAGAGUCGACCGGGCCGCCGCCUUCAAGGCAGUCCUUGUGGGCGGAGCCACUGAGUACCUAACACCCAGUGCCCAGAGGCAGGGUUGUGUGGUGCUCAACUGUCCUGCCCUGCACCCUAAACCCAACCCCCCUACUCCUGAAAGCCUCACUCUGGGCCAGCUCAGGACCAUUCUGUUGGCUGACCACAUGGGGGCGCUGUUGAGAGGGCAAGGAUUUUCAGUUUCCCUUUGCCCCCUCAUUCCGGAAGACAACGACAUGGUCAACUUCCUACGCACUCUGGGCAUUGACUGGCCAACAUCCCCGGCCAACUGGACCAAUGAGGAAGCUGAGGAGAAGAUCCAGGAAGCGCUGGAAAAGUCUAUGUAUAGAGAGAGGGAAACAGAGAGAGGCAGGAGGACCAGUGGUGGGGGAGGAAGGAAGAAGACAGAGGAGGGCGAGAAUGAAGCAGCAGUCAGAAUUAACUUGAAGCGAGUUUUCCAGGACGAGGGUCUGCAAGGAUACGAUCCCAGCCUUGGAACAUGCACAGUGCACAGAGACAGUGUUUCCCACCUCGCACAACUGGACCUGGCCACAGCCGACUGUACAGUUGCCGCGGGAACCGCCUUGCACGUGACUUCCUGUCAGGACGAAUUCCGCCAGCAGCAGAUUGCGAUGCUGUGGAGAGCCAGUGGAGCAACACACACACAGAGACAUCUGGUGUGUGGGCCUGUGAAGACUCCUGCUUCUCAGCUCUCUGCUGCACAAUACCUGCAGCUGAGAAGAGGUCAAAUGAAGGAGGCCUCAGAGAUGAAGUAUGGAGAUCAAGUAGAAGGCCAGACAUGGGAUGACAUCAUCAGGGUCAUGACCUCUGCUACAAUCAGAUUUGAGCUUCUCUCCACUGUCCACACCAGUCCUGUGACUUUGGAUGUCCAAAGGGAAGGGGGCGUGUCCACCAAAGGGCCGCGAGGAGGCGUGUUUGUGAUGUACAACUGUGCCAGACUGCACACGCUUUUCGACAGCUACGAUAGAGGAGUGGAGAAAGGUCUGUACCCAGAUAUCCCUGAUGGUUCAGAACUGGACUUCUCUGCUCUGAAAGAAGAGGGCGAAUGGCUCCUCCUCUUCAAUUACCUCAUUCCCUUCUCUGAGGUGCUGGACCAAUCAGGGCAGGUGUUGGACUGUGAAGGAGGCGGGGCUAGACUCAAUCUUAAAACAGAGCAGAUCUGCAAGUUCCUGGUGUCUCUCAGUAGAGACUUCAGCUCCUACUACAACAGAGUCCACGUGCUGGGGGAGCCGCUGCCUCACCUCUUCAACCAGAUGUUCUGCCGCCUGUACCUCCUGAGAGCCCUGCGAGAGCUCUACCACAGCGCCCUGGAAACACUCAACCUUCCCCCCAUUCGACAACUAUAGCCUCCUCGCCGUUAUACACUCUCUAACUCGGUCACCGCCAAUCGUGGUACCGACCUCCCUGCCUCUAGAAUUCCAUUUCAAAACGAUACAGUAUUAUUAAUGUCAAUGAAAAGAUGCUCUUCCCUGUCUACUAUUUACUCAAACGCACCAUAGCUGCAACCUUAAAGAAUGAUGCCAAAUUUAUGCACCGGUAUUUCCCUUGGAAUCUUUUUUCUAAUAUUUCACCCUUUGUGGUUAUACUGUAUAUCUAUUUCUCUUUUAAGGUGAUUUAUCUACCCUGUAUUUAUGAAUGCCACAGACUGGAUUAUUUAUUGAGGCAUGUACAGAAUAGAUAUUCAACAGAUAUAGUUAUGUCUUAAAAGAAGAUAAUGCACAACAUGGCAUGAAAAUGUUAUAUAUGAUUGGGUGAGCUAGUGACUUCUUAAUGAUCCGUCAGUAUUUUGUCGCCAUUUCAACUCCCGAUAAAAUGUGCCAUAGCUUUUCUGCAUUGCAAACCUACACUGCAAUUUCCACAUUUCCCUGACUGCAUGAACUUAAAUGUUGCUUGUUUAUGUUUUUAAACUGUUUACGUAACAGUUGAGAGCUGAUUUAUUCACUCUGUUAACUCCUAUGAUCCUAUGAUUAAAACAGGAGAAAUGAAGAUGGACUAAAAGUGAUGCAUAGUGUCUGCAUGCUUCAAAUUGGGCCUCCAACUCACCACACCCUGCCAAGUGUUGGGCCCCAAAUGCCACAUCAAUCUAAAGCUUUUCAAAGCGCCACCCCGGUGAGACUUUUGAUAUCACUUUCACAAAGACAGGAAAUCCCACACACGGCGGACAUGCUUGUUCUGGAUGCUGCAGCAGGGACAGAGUUGAUCGGCAUGUUUUAUUGGCCGAUAUCGAUCUGUGGGCGAUGGAUCGUGGAGCAUCCACUGUAUCAUGUUGUGUCAUGUUAUGUUGUUGUUUGAUCCUUUGGAAUCUAUCCCGCUUACUUGUGACUUUUAGGCUGAAUCCCAAUUCUUCCCCUUGGCCCUUGUCUUAAUGCUCACCCCUCGGUUCACGAUAAUCAAGUGGCGUCCCAAUUCUCCUUAAGGGGUGAGUGCUAAAGGCUAUACAUCCCUUGAAAACUGGUGUGGGCUGGGACCACACCUGAAAAGAAGAGAAGACGGAAGUGCGGAGACCGAAAUAAACAUAAA